AUGUCUAAACGCUCACAGCUGAUGAACGCCUGGAGGGUAAUGAUUGGCGACGACAAUCCUCUGCAACUCAAGCGCAUUCCAAUUCCACAACCCGCAGCAGAUGGCGUGCUCGUCAAGAUCCUGGCCAUGGGCGUCUGCCAUACGGACUGCUUCAUUCGAGACACCAAGGAGCCACGUCCCGGAGAUCCUGCCGAAUUCACAUUGGGCCACGAAGGCGCCGACGAGAUCGUCGAGCUCGGCCGCCAUGUCUCAUUAGAAGCAUUUGCUCUCGGUGACAAAGUUGCCAUCCACAUCAUCCCGGGCUGCAAAGAUUGUCCGACCUGCAAAAUUGGUUUGAACAGAAUAUGUCAGUCUCAGAGAAGGGGAGGCUAUGGCCUGGGCCGAGAUGGCAUGUUCCAGGAGUACGCUCACGUCAGAGCCGAUGCGUGUGUGCAAGUGCCAGAGGGUGUCGCGAUCGAGCAGGCGGCGAUCUCGUCCGACGCUUUGCUCACAGCUUAUCAUGCUGUUAAGAACGUCGCAGAAGUCAAGCCAGGACAGACUAUUGCUGUCAUCGGGCUUGGAGGACUCGGAUUGAAUGGAUUGCAAAUUGCUCAGCAUCUUGGUGCAAGCCGCAUACUUGUUGUCGACAAGCGACAGGAGUCUGUUGGCCUUGCCACUAGCCUUGGGACACCAUCAGAAGAUGCUUUUCAGAUGGUCAAAGAGCAGGGCAUUCUGGUGGAUAUAGUGAUCGACUUUGUCGGACACGAACAAACAGUGCUCACUGCACAGCGCAUCGUCCGGGCAGCAGGGCUAAUUGUGCUUCUGCUGGCCAAUGGUAGUGUGCGCCCAGAGAUCGAGACAGGUUCCAUCAAAGACUUACCUCAAGUUUUGAAGGACCUUGACGAAGGCAAGUAUCAAGGCCGCAAGGCACUCCUACCAGAUUGGGUCGAUGCGGCCGUGAGAGACCCUCUGUAA